AUGGCCGCACGAACGCGCGUUCCCUCUGAUCACAUCGCUUCCAGUGAAGCGACAAAGAAGAGUCGCGCCGUCUUUGUGGUUCCCUCCUCCUCCUCAGACACGCGUCACAGCGCGGUACGAGGGUUUGGGUACGAAUUAGACGAUCGUGACGCGUUCGCCUCCAGACGAAGUCAAGGUCAGUUUCCCAUCGUUCAGAACGUGACUGUGACAGAAGGAGGAACUGCCAACAUGACCUGCCGCGUGGAUCACAAUGACAACACCUCCCUCCAGUGGUCUAACCCAGCACAGCAGACGCUCUUCUUCGGGGACAAAAAAGCUCUAAGGGAUAACCGGAUCGAGCUGGUUCGAGCAUCGUGGCAGGAGUUGACCAUUAGCAUCAGUAACGUGACCUUGGCGGACGAGGGGCAGUACACCUGCUCUCUGUUUACCAUGCCAGUGAAGACAGCCAAGGCCUACCUCACUGUGCUUGGAGUUCCAGAGAAGCCAAAGAUUGACGGUCUUGAGAAACCAGCCUUGGAGGGAGACCAAAUCACCCUGACCUGCGUGACCUCAGGAAGCAAGCCCGCCGCAGAGAUCCGAUGGCUCCGCAAUGGGAAGGAAGUCAAAGGGGCUAAGGAGGUUAACGCCAGUGGGAAGACCUUCACAGUGAAGAGCUCCCUGCAGCUCCAGGUGGACAGGGAUGAUGACGGAGUGGCCUACACCUGCCGUGUGGACCACGUGUCCCUGGCCUCCUCCCCGCAGGAAGCCACUGAAGAACUGGAGGUCCACUAUGCCCCUCGGGUGGAGAUCAAGCAUUCUUUGACAGUACCACAGGAAGGACAGAAUCUGAAACUGGAGUGUGUGUCCAAAGGGAACCCCCCGCCAGACCCUGUGUUUUGGACGAAAGAUGGUGUAGAGUUGCCUGAGCAAGAGCGGGUGAUUGUGGAAGGCAGAGAGCUCACCUUCACGUCCCUAAACAAAACAGACAACGGUACUUAUCGCUGUGAGGCCUCCAAUCACCUGGGCACCAGUCACGCUGAAUAUGUACUGUUUGUCUAUGAUGUCCCUACCACAAUGCCUCCAUCCACAACACCACCCACUCAACCCACCCUCCCAGACACCACUGCUUUCUUAGACUCCAAACGCUCCAUCCCCGAAGUCACCGAUGACCGAGAUCCAAACGCUCUGGAGCACCACGGCCCUGACCACGCCCUGAUUGGUGGAGUGGUGGCUGUCGUCGUAUUCGUCACCCUGUGUUUAAUCAUUGUCCUGGGACGAUACCUAGCGCGGCAUAAAGGAACGUACUUGACAAACGAAGCCAAAGGAGCGGACGAUGCCCCGGACGCGGACACGGCCAUCAUUAACGCCGAGGGCAACCACGCGCACGCGGAGGAAAAGAAGGAAUACUUCAUCUAG